AAAACAUAAAAGAAGAUUGGCUCAAGCGUUCUCAGCAAGCAACCACACUACCAGUCCUCACUAUUUAUAUUUUUCGCCAACCAUUGUCUUUUUGUGAUUUCUGAUACAUUCAUGAUGGUGCAAGAUCGCAACGACGCAGUUACUUCUCAGUUACUGACGGAGGAAACAACCGCCGUCACACACAAACUCAGUACUUCCAUUGAAACCCGAACUUCAGCCCCACAGUCACUACCUACUCUUCCCUUUGAUCUCGUUGCUGAAAUUCUGUGCAGACUUCCCGUGAAUUUACUCUUACAACUUCUGUAUCUUUGUAAGUCUUUCAAUUCUCUGAUCUCUGAUUAUGAUUUCGCCAAAAAACAACUUCGAAUGUCAGCUGCUCGCCACCACCUCAUCAUGAGAUCUCAGAGUGGACUAUGUCUUCUUGAUUCCCCACUCCCUUCUGUUUUUUCAACUUCUAGGGUUACACUUAAACAGACAGAACUCAGUUACCCUGUUAGUCUCAACAAUGGAUGCCGUUUGAAGGUGUGUUCUUGCGACGGCAUCCUGUGUAUCAACACCACCAUCCCUUAUGAACGUUCUGCUAUUUUGUGGAACCCUUCCUUUAGAAACUUCAAGAUAUUGCCUCCUUUGGAAUUUGAAUGGGAAUACGGUACUGCUCCACCAAUAUAUAGCUUUGGGUACGAUCAUUUCAUUGAUAGUUAUAAGAUCAUUGUUGUUUCCAACUGCUCUUCGAAAAAAGGAAAAAUUGAAGUUGGUGUUCAUUCUUUGGGUACUAAUGAUUGGAGAAGGAUACAUGAAAUCCCAAUUUCCGGUAGGAUUCUGGAAUCAGGAAUAUUUGUGAGUGGCACUAUUAAUUGGUUGGUAUUUGAUAUCUCGAACUGGAGUAGUGGUUUGGCUACAAUUGUUUCUCUUGAUUUGGAGAAGGAGUCUUACCGAAUGCUUCCGCAACCUGAUUUGGAGUGGCAAUUUUGGAAGAAUAGUUUGGGGAUGUUGAGGGAUUGCUUGUGCAUCUUUGAUGGUAACCAUGAUAUGUUUUUUGAUGUUUGGAUUAUGAAAGAGUAUGGAAAUAGAGAAUCUUGGACUAAAUUGAACCGUGUUCCUCGUAUGAUAAAUUAUGUUACUCAUAUUACCAAGAUUUUAUAUAUGUCUGAGGAUGACCAAAUGUUGGUGGAUUAUAAUGAUUCGGGAGUUGCUGUUUACGAUUACAAAAACGGCACUUUUUUGAAUAUUCCCAAGAUUGAAAACCUGAACUGGUGGUCGAUAAACCCAAAAGUCUACGUUGAGAGUUUGAUAUCACCUUAAGCACGAGAUUCAACUACAAGAUAUAUAUGGUUAGUUUCUGUUUGUGUUAUUUAUUUUAUUCCUGUUAUGCAUGAUUAUCAGUGACUUGUUGGAUCAUUGUAUGAUGGUCGAUCAUAUCUACAGUACACGUUGAAAAUUGCUGUUAUUUUCCAUUGUUUGGUUAGUUCGAGUUAUUGAUUCUUGCUCGUUGUGCAUUAUAUUUUAAAUAGUUCACAAUCAUGAAUUGUGUUA